AUGAGUUGCCUGGAUGUAAUGUACCAAGUAUAUGGUCCGCCCCAGCCUUACUUUGCCGCAGCUUACAGUCCAUACCAUCACCAGAAAUUGGCGUUUUACUCAAAAAUGCAAGAGGCUCAAGAAACGGCGAGUAGCGGCGGCUCGUUCUCGAACCUCUCCGGGCCGACGAUAAAGGAAGAGGACUGCGAACGUGAGAAAGAUCAUCCACCGGAGGCCGAGUACAUCAGCUCGAGAUGCGUGCUGUUUACUUACUUUCAGGGUGACAUCAGUUCGGUGGUGGAUGAACAUUUCAGUCGGGCCCUUAGCCAGCCCAGUAGUUAUGUUCCCGGUUCCGCCAGCAACAAAUCUGCACGAGGUACAUCAUCCUGGAGAGACGGAUCAUUCCCGAUGAGCCAGAGGAGUUUCCCUCCCUCAUUCUGGAACAGCACGUACCAGCCUUCCAUCACAGCGUCGCUUGGCGGUGCCCUCGGCGCCUCUCACACCGAGAUCCCCUUCCCGACGGAUCCCUACUCCACCGCCUCCCUCCACAGUCACCUCCACCAGGCCACGCCAGAGCCCUGGCAUCCCUCACACCACCAUCACCACCACCCCUACUCGCUCGGGGGGGCCAUCGGCACCCAGAGCUCCGCCUACCCGCGACCCUCCGUUCACGACAUGUACGGGACGCACUUCGACCCCCGCUACGGCUCCCUGCUGGUGCCCUCCGUGCGUCCGCACAGGCUGCCGCCCUCCACCGUGCCCGCGCCGGGCACCUCGCCGUGCGACAUCAGCAAGAGCGAGCCCAGCAGCUCGGCGUGGAGCGGCCCGUUUAGCGGCACGGCGUCGGACAUGGGCCAGAGCCUCAGCCUAAACGUGGAUGCGGCCCGGCGCUACGCCCUCUGUGGCAGGACCAUCUUGAGCUGA